UUAACCACUGAUCAAUUACAACAAUAUGUUGCUCCAACUGAUGAUAAUUUAUCAGCCGUUCAAAAUUAUUUAAAAUCAAAUGGUUUCUCUGAUUCACAAAUUUCAUACAACGUUUUCAAAAAUCAAGUCACCGUUCAAUCUACCGUAGGUCAAGCGGCUAAAUUGUUCAAUGCACAAUUUUCAAAUUACAACUUUGCCAAUGGAGCUGUACCACGAACGAAGCAAUACACCGUUCCAGCUGAAAUUGCCAAUGCGGUUGACUUUAUCUCUCCUUUAACCUCCUUCCAACAAGUUCAAAAGGUAUCGAGGGAUCCUGUCAGAAUCACUCGUGACCAAGAAGAAGAACUCUACAAAAGAUCCGUCCCUUCCGCAGCAAAUUGCAAUACUGCAGGAGUUACUCCAACUUGUUUACGUCAAUACUACGGAACGUAUAAUUAUACUCCUACAGCUGUGAAUGGCAUUACGGACGUCUUUAUUGCAGGUUUCAUCGGUCAAAACUUUUCACCAACAGAUUUAUCUACUUUCUUGAAAAAGUACAGACCAGAUGCUGCAAAUGCAAACGUUGAAGUGAUCAAUCAAGCAGGUGCAUUGAAUAUACCAGUUUCCCUAUUGAGCGGUGCAGAAGCAAUGUUGGACACGGAAACAAUCGUCUCCGCCACUUAUCCUCUCAAAGCAACUUUCUUCAAUUACGGAAAUCAAUUAACACAAGGUGACAUUUUUGAAUUGGCUUUCACAGAUAUCAUGAACAAUUACGAAAAGUACGGCAAGCCAGGUGUUUAUUCUGUUAGUUAUGGUGCUGAUGAAAAUACAAUUACUGCUCAAGAAGCUGCAGCUUUGUGCAAGACUGCCGCUGCACUUACAGCAAUGGGCACAACAAUCUUGAUCGCUUCAGGAGAUAAUGGAGUUGGUGGUACGGACGGAGACACUUGCCCACCAUUCGUUCCAACUUAUCCAUCCGGUUGCCCUUACGUAUUGUCCGUUGGAGCACUUCAAGAUUUCUCUCCAGAAGUGGCAGUUAACCCUUCUUUGGCCGGCUUCUAUUCUGGAGCAGGUUAUUCAAACUUAUACGCUCAACCAGCUUAUCAAAAGAGUGCCGUUGCCGCUUAUGGUAAUCCAGCAAUUGCAGGUAACUAUUAUAAUCGUUCUGGUCGCGCUUAUCCCGAUGUUUCCGCUCAAGGUUCGAUGUAUGUCAUUCAAUUUAUGGACUUACCAGCAACUGUUGGAGGAACAAGUGCUUCAACACCAACAUGGGCAAGUGUUAUUGCUUUGAUCAACGAUUUAAGAAGAAAGGCAGGAAAGUCAAACGUUGGUUUCGUCAAUGCUGCUUUGUACAAAGCUACAACCGGUCUAAAGGAUAUCACAAGUGGAAGCUCGUUAGGCUGUAAAAGUGCUCCAACUGCCGGUUUCCCUGUUACCAAGGGAUGGGACCCAUCUACCGGACUAGGUUCUCCGCUCUUUGAUCAACUCAGAUCUGUAUUUGGUGUUUAG